GAGCGGCUGGGCCCCAGGCACCCGGCACCGGCAGCAGGAUGAGCGUGGAGGCCGGCAGCAAGCCCCUGAAGGUGGGCUCCCGGGUCGAAGUCAUCGGCAAGGGCCACCGCGGGACCGUGGCUUAUGUCGGGGCCACCCUCUUUGCCACGGGGAAGUGGGUCGGUGUCAUCCUGGAUGAAGCGAAGGGCAAGAACGAUGGGACCGUGCAGGGCAGGAAAUACUUCACCUGCGAGGAGAACCACGGCAUCUUCGUGCGGCAGUCACAGAUCCAGGUCUUUGAAGAUGGAGCUGAUACAACAUCCCCAGAAACACCAGAAUCUGCUGCCUUGAAAGUCCCCAAGAGAGAUUCGCUGGACGCCGCCAAAGGCAGCAAACUGCGUGGAGUGAAACCUAAAAAGGCCCCGGCGACACGGAAGACCACCGUCCGGCGGCCCAAGCCCACCCGGACCCCCAAUUCCGUGGCGUCCAGCGGCACGGCCGGGCCCUCGGGCUCGGCCUCGGCCUCCGGCGGGGAGAUGAGCAGCAGCGAGCCCAGCACCCCCGCGCAGACGCCGCUGGUGGCCCCGGUGAUUCCAACGCCCUCCCUUGCCUCGCCGGUGGCACCCCCGGUUCCCUCGCCCACAAAGGAGGAGGAAAAUUUGCGUUCUCAAGUGAGGGACCUGGAGGAGAAAUUGGAGACGCUGAAGAUAAAGCGAAAUGAAGACAAAGCCAAGCUUAAAGAGCUCGAGAAGUACAAGAUCCAGCUGGAGCAGGUACAAGAAUGGAAGAGCAAAAUGCAGGAACAACAGGCGGAUCUCCAGAAACGUUUGAAGGAGGCCAAAAAGGAAGCCAAAGAUGCCCUGGAAGCCAAGGAGCGCUACAUGGAGGAGAUGGCAGACACGGCCGACGCCAUCGAGAUGGCGACUCUGGACAAGGAGAUGGCAGAAGAGCGAGCAGAGUCCCUGCAGCAGGAGGUGGACUCCUUGAAGGAGAAGGUGGAAUAUCUCACGAUGGACCUGGAGAUCCUCAAGCACGAGAUCGAAGAGAAAGGCUCGGACGGAGCAGCGUCCAGUUACCAAGUCAAACAGCUGGAAGAGCAGAACGCGAGACUCAAGGAAGCUCUUGUAAGGAUGCGGGACUUGUCCGCCUCGGAGAAGCAGGAACACGUGAAGCUUCAGAAGCAAAUGGAGAAGAAAAACACGGAGCUGGAGUCGCUGCGUCAGCAGAGGGAGAAGCUUCAGGAGGAGGUGAAGCAGGCAGAGAAAACGGUUGAUGAACUGAAGGAGCAGGUGAGUCCGUUGGGGGCU